AUGACACAAGCACAGAUGGGUGCGGCCUCGUCCCCCUUUGAUCUGAACAGAGCAGCAGAAGGACUGGCUCACACAACACAUGUCAGACAAAACUGCAGCAGCGGUAACACUGCAGGCCCGCUGGAGAACAGCCACAUAAGGAGUACAAAAGAGAACGUGUGCUGUAGGGAGACACCAAAGGUAAUGCACAGAUGUCAGCAGACAGCACUCCUCUGGGGGAGCGAGCACUUAGAGCGAUCGAUCCCCCACGCGCCGGCCCGCACGACACCCAGCCCACCCCAGGCCCCGUCGCUAAACACACCCACCGGCCGGGAGAAAUCUCUACACGCACGCGACGCUCUGACGGACCGGGGCGCUCAUCAGGCGACGCAGAUAACUCCAGCGGCCCACCUCUCCACACCGGCGGGCCAUCAAGGCCGAAACAGCACUGUCCCAGGCACCCGAGCGCGCGCCUACCCCCCCCCCCCCGCGUCCGCAGCCUCAAGCCGACGACACACGCCUUCCCACCCCCGCCGCCCCCCCACAACCUCCGGGGGCCCGGGCAUACCAGCACCCUCAGACGCCAGAACGCACGUACUUACACGCGCCGACGCCAGCGGCAGCCCCCCUCGCCGCGAGCAAGGCGGAAGCUCCCAGGCGGCAGCAAUGCGGGGGCAAGGCGGGGUGCGGGUACCAAAACUGGGCGAGUGA